UAACCACGACGACUUUCAAACAGACGAAAAAACAUGUUUUUUUUUUUGGUUCGUCUAAAGUCCACUAGAAUUAUUGAAUCCGAUAUAAUUGUUCUUCUUCUCCAAAAAUCAAUCAUUGCCCUUCUCUAAUGUCUCCUGCUCCGACGAUCCUCUCUGUCUUCCUGAUUACCACUUGGACCAUUUUUCUGAUCACAACAUUCCCAACUUUCGGCGGCGCCACCACUGAGUUCGUCUUCAACACCAACUUCAACUCUAGCAGCAACCUCAGCCUCUACGGCAGCGCCACCAUCCAAUCCUCCAUCCUCAGCCUCACCAAUGACUCCACCACCUUCUCACUGGGACGCGCUUUCUACUCUCACAAAAUCCCCACCAAAUACGCCAACUCUUCAGAGGCACUUCCUUUCUCCACCUCUUUUAUUUUCUCCCUUGCUCCCGUCAAAAACCUCCUUCCCGGCCACGGUUUUGCCUUCCUCUUCUCACCCUUCUCUGGCUUAAGCGGUGCAAGCUCCGCGCAGCACUUGGGUUUUUUCAACUUCUCCAACAACGGCGACCCCAACAACAACAUCUUCGGUGUCGAGUUUGAUGUCUUCGAAAACCAAGAGUUCCAGGAUCCUGAUGACAACCAUGUUGGUUUGGACAUCAACUCCCUUACGUCUAAUGCUUCGAGCACCGCAGGGUAUUGGAGUGGCGGACUUGAUCAAGAUUUCAACGAGUUGAAGCUCAACAAUGGAAUUAACUAUCAAGUGUGGAUUGAUUUUAUGGGCUCGAGAAUUAACGUGACCAUGGCUCGUGCCGGCGUGGCAAAGCCGCGGAGGCCGCUGAUAAGUGAGGUGGUGGAUCUGUCCCGGGUGCUUUUGGAUGAAAUGUAUGUGGGGUUUUGCGCGGCAACUGGAGCAUUGGUCGAGAGCCAUAGCAUAUUGGCUUGGAGCUUUAGCAAUUCUAAUUUCUCCAUCGGCAACGAUUUGGUCACUCAGAAUUUGCCUUCCUUCGUGGUGUCAGAGAACAAGUCUGUUUUCGGAGUAAAAGGGUUUGUUGUGGGAGUUAGUGUUGGCGGGUUUUUGGUUGCUUGGUGUGUGGUUUUGGUGUGUUUGAUUUUGGUGAGGAGGAAGAGGAGAAAGCGAAUGAAAGGAGAGGAGGAUGUACAGAAAGUUGAAGAUUGGGAAUUGGAGUACUGGCCUCACCGGAUUGAUUACAAAGAGAUACAUACCGCGACAGAGGGAUUUUCGGAGAAGAAAGUGAUUGGGAUUGGAGGGCAUGGGAAGGUUUAUAAAGGGGUACUAGGAGGAGCAGAAGUAGCAGUGAAAAGAAUUCCACUUGAAAGUGAACGUGGCUUGAAAGAGUUCGUGGCAGAGGUUUCGAGCUUGGGAAGACUGAAGCAUAGGAAUUUGGUAGGACUGAGAGGUUGGUGCAAGAGAGAAAAGGGCAGUCUAAUCUUGGUUUAUGAUUACAUGGAAAAUGGUAGCUUGGAUAAGAGGAUAUUUGAGUGCAAUGAGAGAAACUUGUUGAGUUGGGAAGAGAGAAUUAAGGUGUUGAAAGAUGUUGCUAGUGGGAUUUUGUAUUUGCACGAGGGUUGGGAAGCUAAGGUUUUGCAUAGAGAUAUCAAAUCAAGCAAUGUGCUACUUGAUAAGGAUAUGAAUGCUAGGUUAGGAGAUUUCGGAUUGGCCCGAAUGCACCUACACGGGGAAAUGACGGGCACAACACAAGUGGUUGGGACGGCAGGGUACAUGGCGCCCGAAGUGGUUCGAACUGGAAGAGCCUCAACUGAGGUUGAUGUGUUUGGUUUUGGGAUAUUGGUACUAGAGGUGGUGUGUGGGCGGAGACCGAUAGAGGAUGGGAAGCUGGGGUUGGUUGAUUGGUGUUGGAGGCUAAUGGAGAAGGGAAGGUUGAACGUAGCGCUUGAUGAUCGGCUCAAGGCAAAGGGUGGAUACAGUGUGGAGGACGUCGAGAGGUUGCUUCAUUUGGGAUUGUUGUGUGCAUAUCCUGAAGCUCAUGGGAGGCCAACAAUGAGGCAAGUUAUGAAGGUGCUUGAAGGAGCAAGUGAUGAUGAUGGCAUUGAUGGCGAUCCGUCUCAAGGAGAAGGAAUGCAUGUAAAUUUGCUGCACAAGAUUAGAACAACUUCGAUGUGGUCGACUUAUCGGUGGAACAUGGGAGGGCAGGGACACCCUACAUUUGAAGACAUGAAAAUUUCUUUAUCUUCUACAUCAUCUUUGUCUGGAUCAGAUAUCAUUAGAGUUGGUAGAUGAUUAAUUUGAGCUCUCUUUGAUAUGUUUUUUCUCCUUUUUUUUGUGCUCCAACACACAUUAGGACUUGUUUGUAUUCUUUCUUUAAUUAAUACAAAAUCACUUAUUCA